AAGACCUGCAGUGCAUCGGCACUAUGGUUUUAUAACUAAUGCGCAGCGUUGCUUAUUACUUUAUUCUACCUCAAAAUUACCCUAAAACUAAAUGCAUAGUCUGUAGCUAUGAGUACUAUGUGGCUACAUCGAUCUUGAAGGUUAUGCCAGCACACUAAGGCAGAUUAUUGCGCUUCAGUAAUACACGCAUUUCUUCACAACUUGGGAUAAAGUGACGAUGAUGACAACAAUGAUGAAGCUCACCAUGACUCCUUCAACCAACGCCAUCGGACCAAACCAGUAAACGUUAUCUUUAUGGAGUUUCAAAAUGACAUUUUCUAAACUGCUGAACGAGAGCAAUGAUGAAUUCUCCACAGACGAGUUGCUUAACGUAUCUUUGCCGCAGCACAUUCUCUCAAACAUCAGCAACACCACCACCUGUGUGGGCAUCACCAUCGACUCUCAAGUCAUCGGUGUGGGAAUCUUUCUGGCCGUUUUCAUAUUAGCGGCUAUCAUUGGGAACAUUUUGGUUAUCCUUUCGGUACUGUGCAACAGACAUUUGCAGACGGUCACGAACUUCUUCAUCGUGAACCUGGCCAUAGCGGACCUUCUGCUGAGUAUCAUCGUCUUACCGUUCUCCGCGUCUUUGGAGGUGCUGGGAUGCUGGGUGUUCGGCCGGGUCUUCUGCAACAUCUGGGCAGCGGUGGAUGUCCUCUGUUGCACGGCGUCUAUCUUAAGUUUGUGCAUUAUAUCCAUAGACAGGUACAUAGGGGUGAAAUACUGCCUGAAAUACCCAACCAUCAUGACUGAACGGAAAGCAGGUGUCAUACUUGUGGUGGUCUGGGUGUCUUCGAUGGUUAUUUCAAUCGGGCCCCUACUGGGAUGGAAAGAGCCUCCACCAUUAGAUGAGAGCAUCUGCAGAAUCACUGAGGAACCGGGCUACGCGCUUUUCUCGUCUUUAUUCUCCUUCUACCUCCCGCUCAUGGUGAUUUUAGUCAUGUACUUUAGAGUAUACAUAGUCGCUCGCAGGACUACAAAAAGUUUAGAAGCGGGAGUGAAACUGGAGAGAGAUAAAUCAAUGGAAGUGGUGCUGCGGAUACACUGCAGGAGCAUACUGGAGGAUACGAGCAUCAGCAGCUCCAAAACUAAAACGCACCCGUUCAGAAGUUCACUGUCCGUGAGGCUCAUGAAGUUCUCCAGGGAAAAGAAAGCUGCUAAAACCCUCGCCAUCGUCGUUGGAAUGUUUAUUCUCUGUUGGCUACCGUUUUUCUUCGUUUUGCCUUUGGGGUCUUUCUUCCCAGAGCUGAAGCCCUCUGAGAUGGUGUUUAAAGUAAUCUUCUGGCUGGGCUACUUCAACAGCUGCAUUAACCCUGUAAUCUAUCCAUGCUCCAGCAAGGAAUUCCAGCGCGCCUUUACUCGUCUUCUGCGCUGCCAGUGUCAGCGUCGCCGUCGCAUACUGCGCCGGUUCUAUGACCAACGGUGGAGAACAGCCAUGAAGGGAGCCAGGAGGGAGCAGCACCAUGACUACUGCUCUGGAUUUCCCUUCCACGAGCAAUGCGGUAACUCAAUCUACACCUGCCAGAGCAAAAGACAGCCUCUGAAGGGCCUGAAGGGCUGGAGCUUCUUCCCCCCCUUACAAAAGUCCUCUUUCCAGCUGAAGGAGAAAAUGAACAACCUUUCCAAUAAGAUCAAGAAUGGGACAGGGAAGAGCAGCACGUGUGCUCUGGGCCGGACAGAGAUUGACACAGUCUCCAUGGGAAUCUAUGAUAAUUGCAGCGAUCAGAGUACUUACCAGAUCUAUGACCUCACAGAGCGCUAUGGCCUGAAGGAAACAGACAUCUAAACAAAUAUAUAGAUUAAUGUCUACGUUCUCUCACAGCUCUGACUUCUGACAUGCAGCCAGACAAAUAUUUGGCUCUUAGGGAUUGUUUGAUAAUUUUUUUUUAAUGACUUUUGAUUAAAGACUUGUACUCUAGUUAUGUCUUAAAAGUUUGACUUCAAUUUACAAGUAAAAUGUGAGUUAAAGGGAUAUUUAACAUGAAAAUGAAAACUGUGUCAUCAUUUACUCACCUGCAUGUUGUUCCAGUUGACCCAUAAUGUUGUUCCAGUCACCGUUCACUUUCAUUGUAUCGAAGAGGAAAGAAAGUGGUUUUGAUCAACAUGAGAGGGAGUAAAUGAUGACUGAAUUAUAAUUAGUUUGGGUGAAUUAUCCCUAUAAAGGAGAAAAAAUAUAUAUUUUAUGGUUCAGUUUACUUCUAAAGUGGAAAAAGUACACUGAAUGCACGAAUAAGGAAUACAAAACCUUUAGUGCACUGGACUAGAUGUGCUACCCCAUGGCAAACAAUUAGACUCAUAGCUGCUGGGUAUCUGUAUACUGUUUUGUCCAUGUGGCCAUUGAGAAGUAUUCUGUCAAAUGUUCAAACUCCCUGAUAACGGGCAAGGCAACAUUAAAGAGUAUGUCUUUACUGUACUUAUAAAGAGAGAUUUUUGCAAUUACCUUGACCUGUUGUCCACUGAGUGUGAAUGGAAAUCAUAUUUAUCUGUGAUGUAUCCUAGAGACUGUUGAAUCCAUGACACUGAUUUUUAUUGACACAACUAUUCACUGUGAUUCACAAAAUGAUUCACAGUUUACUGCAGAUUCAAAUGAUUCAAAGUAAUGUGGAGGUACAUAAUUGUAAAGGUGAGGCACAAUUUGUAAUUAAAGACAUUUUGUGCAGAUGUUUUCAGAAUUUCAGAGGGUUUACUAUGUGCUAUUCAUGCAUCUCAGUUGAACCCAGAUAAAGUGACAUUAAAGUAAUCUCCAACAGCACCAACAGUAAAAAUCAUAGUAUAUGGACUUCAACUCAGUUGUGUGUGUGUGCGCGUGCGUGCGUGCGUGUGCGUGUGUGUGUGUGUGUGUGUUUCUAAGCAAAAUGUUUCUUUGUAAUGCUGAUGUGAGAUGUGACAAUGUCUUUUGGUGUCAACUAUUAAGCAGAAUAAAUCUGAAAAAGAGCAUGUAGUAUGUUGAUCUCAUAAGUGUAUAUACAUAGAUAGAUAGAUAGAUAGAUAGAUAGAUAGAUAGAUAGAUAGAUAGAUAGAUAGAUAGAUAGAUAGAUAGAUAGAUAGAUAGAUAAAAAAGACCAUAAUACUCUCACACAUGUCUCUUCUAGAGUUUCAAAAUAGAUUUUAAAAUUGUAAACAAAAUUAUUCCUAGAUCAAAAAAUCUGAAGGAUGUUAUCCACAUUAAUUAAUAGCUCUAAUAAUUACUCAUACUGUACGUCAACACUUGUCUCAUCUGUCUUUUUUUAUUUCUCCCAAGGCCUUUUAGUAGGAGCAAAUAAAAUAUAGUUGAUACUUAAAUGGAAAUGAGAACUCCAUUACUUCUGGGCCAUUAAAAGAGACAUUUCUGAGCAAUACAUUUUUCCCGGAUCCAGGGUGACCAAACAAUCUGAUGCUCCAUAAACUGACCCAUUAAUAAUGAAAACACUAAGAUGGCCAGUAGAGGUCCCUGUUAAUGAAAAUGAAUUUCAAAUUCCUACACUUCUCUAAGUGAAAUGGAAAGAUGAUAGAAGUCACUUCGAGGAAAGCUGGCUCAAAAAUAUUUGCUGGAAAAGAGGUCUGAAUCAUUUCACAUUAUGUUGAAUUACAAACGUUACAAGAGUGUGAGUGCAAUAAUGACUUGUUUAAGUUGUGAGGAUAAAUUAUGUGCAAAUGUACUCUUCCUGAAAAGUUCUGCAUGGAUCAAAAAAAUGAACAAGUGGUUUCCUUCUCCACUUUAGAGUUCUGAGAACUCAAUGAAGAGCAAAUCAUUUUGAGCCCCUGUCAUCUGUUUCCUUUGGAUUACUGAGGACUACGAUCAGCAUGCAUAACUGUUCUUAAUGGCUUCCUUAGGCCAAAAGCUUGUAUGUUUUGACUUGUAACAAAAAUGUCCAAUAAUAACUGUUCUGCAGUGUAUUACUGGGAAAAGGGCUAACAGAGAAUGAUACUGUAUGUUUUGAAGAGUAAAUAAAAAAAAU